AUGGCUUGCUGGUCUGCUGAAAACGCCACCAAGGCCUAUCUUAGAACCAUGAGAAUGGGAGAAAAAGCUAGAGAGCCUAAUGGAGUCGAGUUCAUUUCAGCACUUGCGACAGGCAACAAUGCACAAAUCAUGGUGGUUGCAUGCGCCGGUGCUGCUGACUCAACCACAUUAGCCCUGGUUGCAGCAGCCCAGCAAAGCCACGGGCGCGUUAUCUGCAUUCUUAGCAGCAAACCGGAUCACCAUCUGUCCAAGACAACUCUGGGCAUAAAUGCAGGUCACGUCGAAUUUGUAACUGGAGAUGUUAAAAAUCAGCUGAUAAACUAUUACAAGGAAGCAGAGGUUGUUGCCAUUGAUUGUAAUCUCGAAAAUUAUGAGAUGAUUAUCAGCUUGAUUCAAGAAAAUGCGAGACCAAACAAUACAAUUGUUGUAGGAUAUAACGCAUUUUGCAAAGAAUCAUGGAGGAAUAGCCCUUUGUGUAGUGAUUUGUUGCCAAUAGGAGAAGGCUUCCUGUUAACAAAAAUAGCAGGUAAUGGUUCUGGUUUGAAAAUGAGAGGGAAUUGGAUUGUGAAGGUGGAUAAAUGCACAGGUGAAGAGCAUUUAUUCAGGGUCAGAUCUUCUGUUGGGAGAGUCAUUAGAGCCUGAUCCGCAAUGUUAUGUUCACUUGCUACUGUUUUAAAGAAGAGUACAAAGUUUCUUCACUGCUGUCUGAGGGGAAUCCAUACACCACAAACGUAAAUUUUUCCUAGGCCAGUCUAUGAAAUGUAAAUAGGCAAUGAA